GUACGAUUGUUCGCUGGCAGGUAAUCUCAGCCAGUGCAACCAUCACCAGGUCUCCCUUCCCUUCCCUUCCUUCCUCCUUUUUGUCCCGACAUCUCAACGGUUGCGGCGGCAUGAGCCAGCACGCCCGAAACCCACCCUCUGCGACGCGCCCAAUCAGCGCGCUGAGACUGACGACCAAGUGGACGUCUCAUCAACCGCCAGACGCCCCGUGGCCAAACAUCUACAACGGGAUCGCGACGGCAAAUCGAGAGCAUCACGUCCUCGAAACACUAAACAGGAGGGGGAGGGCGGAAGCCAAGGGAAACAAAGCGGCCAGACGGAGACAAGCUAUGCUGUGUUCGCACUGCGCGUCCUCGUAAGAUUGGCCCGUGAUGGAGGAAGAAGGAGGAGAAUGACAAG